CCGUCCCCGCCCCCGCCCCCUCCGGGCUGCAACAGGUGCUUUGAGCAGGAAGCUCGCUCCGCCACCCGCUCCCCGGACGCAUCCAGGACCCAGUGUGCCGUGAGCCAUCCUCGGCCCCGGCUUGCUCCACAGACACGGUGACCCCUGCUCUGCGCCAGCCUCCUCCGGGCACCGCAACCCUACACGGCCCGCAGCCGGAACGCCCCGAGCCAUGGACGCCCCGGAGCCGCAGUCCGACCCCGACGGCGGGGACGGCCCCGGCCACGAGCCCGGGGGCAGUUCCCAAGACGAGCUGGACUUUUCCAUCCUCUUCGAUUAUGACUAUCUGAACCCUAUCGAAGAAGAACCGAUCGCACAUAAGGCCAUCAGCUCACCCUCCGGACUCGCAUACCCGGAUGAUGUCCUGGACUAUGGCCUCAAGCCAUGCAACCCUCUCGCCAGUCUCUCUGGCGAGCCCCCUGGCCGGUUCGGAGAGUCGGAUAGUAUAGGGUUCCAGAACUUUCUGAGCCCGGCCAAGCCAGCAGGGGCUUCGGGCCCGAGCCCUCGGAUCGAGAUCACUCCAUCCCACGAACUGAUGCAGGCAGGGGGGGCCCUCCGUGGGAGAGAUGCCGGCCUGUCCCCCGAGCAGCCGGCCCUGGCUCUGGCCGGCAUGGCCGCCAGCCCGAGGUUCACACUGCCCGUGCCCGGCUUCGAGGGCUACCGCGAGCCGCUUUGCUUGAGCCCCGCUAGCAGCGGCUCCUCUGCCAGCUUCAUUUCUGACACCUUCUCCCCCUACACCUCGCCCUGCGUCUCACCCAAUAACGCCGGGCCCGACGACCUGUGUCCCCAGUUUCAAAACAUCCCUGCUCAUUAUUCCCCCAGAACCUCUCCAAUAAUGUCACCUCGAACCAGCCUCGCCGAGGACAGCUGCCUGGGCCGACACUCGCCCGUGCCCCGUCCGGCAUCCCGCUCCUCCUCACCCGGUGCCAAGCGGAGGCAUUCGUGCGCAGAGGCCUUGGUUGCCCCUCUGCCCGCAGCCUCACCCCAGCGCUCCCGGAGCCCCUCGCCACAGCCCUCGCCUCACGUGGCACCCCAGGACGACGGCAUCCCCGCUGGGUACCCCCCCACGGCCGGCUCUGCUGUUCUCAUGGAUGCCCUCAACAGCCUGGCCACCGACUCGCCCUGCGGGAUCCCCUCUAAGAUAUGGAAGACCAGUCCUGAUCCAACUCCCGUGUCCACUGCUCCAUCCAAGGCAGGCCUGGCCCGCCACAUCUACCCUGCUGUGGAGUUCCUGGGGCCGUGUGAGCAGGAGGAGAGGAGGAAUUCCGCUCCAGAGUCCAUCCUGCUGGUACCACCCACCUGGCCCAAGCAAUUGGUGCCGGCCAUUCCCAUCUGCAGCAUCCCCGUGACUGCAUCCCUCCCACCACUAGAGUGGCCACUCUCCAACCAGUCGGGCUCCUAUGAGCUUCGGAUUGAGGUCCAGCCCAAGCCCCAUCACCGAGCCCACUAUGAGACAGAGGGCAGCCGUGGCGCUGUCAAAGCCCCAACAGGAGGACACCCUGUGGUGCAGCUCCACGGCUACAUGGAGAACAAGCCUCUGGGGCUUCAGAUCUUCAUCGGGACGGCUGAUGAACGGAUCCUUAAGCCACACGCCUUCUACCAAGUACACAGGAUCACUGGGAAAACAGUGACAACCACUAGCUAUGAGAAGAUUGUGGGCAACACCAAGGUCCUGGAGAUCCCCCUGGAGCCAAAGAACAACAUGCGGGCCACCAUCGACUGCGCAGGCAUCCUGAAGCUCCGAAACGCUGACAUCGAGCUGCGGAAGGGUGAGACAGACAUAGGCAGAAAGAACACGCGUGUGCGCCUUGUGUUCCGUGUGCACAUCCCGGAGCCCAGUGGACGCAUCGUCUCCCUGCAGGCUGCAUCCAACCCCAUCGAGUGCUCUCAGCGCUCUGCCCACGAGCUGCCCAUGGUGGAGAGACAAGACAUGGACAGCUGCCUGGUCUACGGCGGCCAGCAGAUGAUCCUCACGGGCCAGAACUUCACAGCUGAGUCCAAGGUUGUGUUCAUGGAGAAGACUACAGAUGGGCAGCAGAUUUGGGAGAUGGAAGCUACAGUGGAUAAAGACAAGAGCCAGCCUAACAUGCUUUUUGUUGAGAUCCCCGAGUAUCGGAACAAGCACAUCCGGGUGCCCGUGAAAGUGAACUUCUACGUCAUCAACGGAAAGAGAAAACGAAGUCAGCCACAGCACUUUACUUACCACCCAGUCCCCGCCAUCAAGACAGAGCCCAGCGAUGAGUAUGAACCGUCUUUGAUCUGCAGCCCCGCCCACGGAGGCCUGGGGAGCCAGCCAUAUUACCCACAGCACCCAAUGCUGGCCGAGUCCCCCUCCUGUCUUGUGGCCACCAUGGCCCCUUGCCAACAGUUCCGCUCAGGGCUCUCAUCCCCUGAUGCUCGCUACCAGCAGCAGAGCCCCGCAGCCGCCCUCUACCAGAGGAGCAAGAGCCUGAGUCCAGGCCUGCUGGGCUACCAGCAGCCGUCCCUCUUGGCAGCACCCUUGGGUCUGGCUGAUGCCCACCGUUCUGUGCUGGUGCAUGCUGGUUCGCAGGGGCAGGGGCAGGGGCAGGGCUCCACCUUGCCACACACCUCCUCGGCCAGCCAGCAGGCCUCACCCGUGAUCCACUACUCACCCACCAACCAGCAGCUUCGUGGUGGGGGUCACCAGGAGUUCCAGCAUAUCAUGUACUGUGAGAACUUCGGCCCCAGCUCUGUCAGGCCUGGCCUGCCUCCCGUCAACCAAGGUCAGAGGCUGAGCCCAGGGUCCUACCCCACGGUCAUCCAACAACAGACUGCCCCGAGCCAAAGAGCUGCCAAAAACGGACCCCCGGUCAGUGACCAGAAGGAAGCCCUGCCCAGUGGAGUGACAGUCAAACAGGAGCAGAACCUGGACCAGACUUACCUGGAUGACGAGUUGAUAGACACACACCUUAGCUGGAUACAAAACAUAUUAUGAGACCGAGUGACUGGUCUUUGAUCCGAGAAAUCAAAGUGAAAGUUAAUGAAAUCAUCAGGAAGGAGUUUUCGGGACCUCCCUCCCGAAAUCAGACCUAGAAGCAAACAGUAUCGCACGACGCCUUCUACUUUGGACCCCUUCUGUCUCCUCCCGCCGUCUCUGACUGGAACACUGCACGUGCGCAGUGCAGGCAGUUGGUGUUGGAGCCUGGGAGCCUGCUGCCUCUCGAAGAGCAUCUUAGCUGAUGUCCACGGUGACUGGACAAGAAAAGCAACUGCCUGCUGACCAAAGCCUCACUCUCAACUCACCAGGAUGCUGAGCCCGAGACCUGGGGGCUGCGCUGGCGGGAGAACCGGAGGAACCAUGGUACCCCACAGACAUGGCUCCAUCGAGAAGGGUCUUCAGACAGAGCAACCAAAAGCGCAUGGCCCAAGAGUCCCGCCCGGUCUCUGUAGGAGCUGAACUGGACAGUCAUCUAUGCACCAGCUGGGCCAUACCAAAGCUUCAUUUUGAAUUUUCUCUUUCCAAAGUCAAACUGCCUUGACCCUGACAGGACCACCUGUUCCACCUUCUCAGCCUUAAGUUAUAACACAUGUACGUGUUUGCUAGCUUCUGGGCCUUUGUUGUGUUUUCCUCUGCUUCGAAGAGCCAACCAAAGAGGCUGCCCGGCUGCGCCCUCCCUCGUCCAGCUACUCCCUCUCACCCAGCUACUCCCUCUUGGCCAGCUACUCCCUAACCCUGCUGCCUGCACCAGACCUCUGGUGGGAUCCAGCCUGGGCUGCCUGUUGAGCACAAUGUUUCUGAAGGUUCCCCUCUCCACCUCCUCCACCCAGAAGUCAAGAGAACCUUCUUCUGGGUUCUUGCAUUGACUGUUAAGGAGCUAAGACCACCAAAACUAGUCAAAACCUACAGGUGUUUUUCAUGACCACCACCAAACAGAACAAAGGGGCUGAAAUCUCCCUCUGCCCUAAACUCAAAGCAGGAAAGUGCUGGCUUCACCCCAGUUUUUUGUUUUAACCUGAAUCCAUUUAAAGCCUCCAUAGACUGCAAAGCGCUCGCUGCAUGUGCUGUAAGUCAAGUGGAUCCACGCCAGCGUAUGCCUUAGUGUGAUCAAGCCCUGCUUGACCAGGUUGUGUGUCCUGUGGAAUCCACACACUCUCCCUGCUUUGGGCAGUCCUUCAUGGUCUUCCUCCCCUGGUGCAGUUUUCUUCUCCCCCUGCCUUUUCCCCAGAUAUCUCUGUUGGGCAUCUUUGUAAAGUGACUUUCUCGGCUUUGUCUGCUAGGCAGAGGACCCGAGAAGCAAGCCACAGUGACUAAAUAGCCAUGAUUGGUUUCUUUUUUUUUUUUUUUUUUUUUUCAGAGCUGGGGACCUAACCCAGGGCCUUGCGCUUGCUAGGCGAGCGGUCUACCACUGAGCUAAAUCCCCAACCCCAUGGUUGGUUUCUUAUACCCCCACUCGCUCUCUUGACAAGGCCACCCGAAAAUAAAUCUUGGGAGCUGGGCCAGCCAUAGCGGCCUCUCCAGACAGAUACCCCAUGCCUAGGAUUCAGCUUGAAGUUGAAAAGUGUGUCUCUCCCAUAGCAGCAGCGCUGGGCUUUCAUCCACCGACCCUAUGCAUAGACCUGAGCAGAAUUCUCCUUUGAACCCAGAAUGUCCUCAAGAAGUUGAGCACUAAGCCUCUGUGAUUCUGAGUACUUCCUGCUAAACAAGAAACGUUCUGCUGGCCCUUUACGGACAGCAGCUUCUGACUGGAGCAAGGCUGGCUUCUCUGGGGAAGGGUAAUGAGGGUUUGGUGAGUGAUUAGUUCGCACUUGCCCUGGCCGAGAGCCACACUUUGCACAUGAGGGAAUCAGGCCCUUCCUCAGAUAUCUCCAAGUUUUACCCAAGUGCCUUCCUGCAAUUGUAGUCGGUAACUCAGCUGCACUGUCCACAGGCUUUGUCCUGUGACAAAGGGCUAACUCAGUUCCCAUUAGUCUUCUAGACGUGUCAGCGAGGAAGACUCCUAUACCUGUGUGUGUGUGUGUGUGUGUGUGUGUGUGUGUGUGUGUGCAUUUACGCACAUGUGUACAGUGCUCGUCCCCUUAUACUGUCUUAGCUCGAUAGCCUCAGAAGCUUACUUGCUCAUAAACAAAUACCCCCAUCAGCCAAGGAAGGAGAGCAUUUAUUACCAGACAAACAGGCCAGAGAACGUGUAUGAGCAGCAGACAGCAAUCAAGAAGGUUUGGUCAGUUACAGACUCCAGGGGAAACGUCGCAGGGAGGGAUGGGAAGAUGCAGUCUGAUCUAAGCGAGUGAGAGAAGAUGCCGCAGCAGUGAAGACGAGUGAACCGCACGUGGGUCAGAGGGGUGGAAGUGUGUCCUUGCCACAUCCGUGGUGCCGUUAGGGUGGCGCUCCGACAGUUCCGUGUUGCUAAAGGUGACGCUUUCUCGUCAAAGUCCACAGAUCUUCCUGGUUGUACAAAGACACCACUGCUGGGACAUAUAUCUAUCCACCCAGAUGAGUAUGGUAUUAAAUUCUAUUUUCUUACUUGUAUUUUGAUGCUUUUUAAUCUGCCCUUAAAAUAUCUCACCCCCUGUUGGAGUUAGGACAUAUUUAUAAAUGGCCAGAUGUCUUUUUCUCAUCUAUGUCUUCAUUUUCUGUAAGAGAAAUGGUAUAUUCUUGAUUUAUUUUUUCAUUCCGGAAAACAAAUCCAAAGACUCACCUCGGGUCCUGUCAAGACCUCGGGAUGGGAGGGGAGGAGACUCUGUAGAAGAGAACAUCUUUUCCUAGCUUGAGAAAGGUGCCUACUCCUUCGUCCUCAAGCCAGAGCUGUCCCUGAGAAGUGUGCACAAAGGGUUUAAUUGGUGGUUGUGAUUUAAAGCCACAGAACUCUGUCUUUCUAUCGACAAGAUCCUACAGGCAAACCGAUACAGACAGAGCCAACCACGUGGAGUCCUCACAGGUGACCGAUGUGCAGCGCCCAAAGAACGGCCACCAUUUUCCCAGCACAUCGGAGCCAUGGACAGAGUAAGCUGGUUCCUCCCAAGACCUGGGAUGGCUUGUUCACACGUAGCAGCCUGGUCAUUCAUCACCACCAGACACCACCAGCCACGGCCCGCUGCCGGUGACACCGUCAUACCGAGAGGCCGGAAGCCAAUGUGUUUUAAUUAUCACUCAGAACCUAAGGGAGGCUGAACUGGUUUAUUUUCGUACCACAGUGCCCAGCAUUUGACAGACCAUGGCAGGAAAGGGGGCGGGGCUAUUUAACAACUGUAUUCAUCUGGCGCUUCAGAAAAGACACACAGGCGGCCAGGCUAGGGUAAGUAUUCCUGAGCUCUUUGCUGGCCGGGAAGCCUGGAGGAACCUGACACAUCCUCACCACUGGUGUCUCCCGACCCUGGGCAUCAACUUCAUGGACCCAAACCAGCCAGCUGCAGAACUCGAAGUUUUCCUCCAGUCUAGCCAGCUGUUUAAAUAAGGCACCAUCACCUUCCCCUACAGCCAGCUUCCCCGUGCCUUGACAGAGGGCCACCGUUCUUGUCUAAUUCAGUUUGUUUACAGCUAACUCUGAUAAUGGGCUAAGAGUGGUGCUUCCCUGAGCAGGCCCCCUCUGAGAUCGCAGUGGAGUCCCGGAAACUGGAGUCAUAGGGUUAAUGCCGUCUCUGUGCAGCCCUGGGGCAGAUGGGACUAAAUGUCCCUGCUUUCUCAGGCUUUAGAUGAACUGGAUGCAGACAGUGAUGUCCUGUGAGUAAGAGCCCAGCGUUCUGGUUGGCCAGAGCAUUGUGCGGGAGCAUCCUAGACAUCAGAGAACCCCUGUCCCCCUGUCAUUUGUCAGCCCUCACAGGAGUCUCACAAUCGUCCGAUUCCAGGAGGUUGCCCCAGUGGGGUCUGAAGGCCAGGGUUUGGGAAAAUCCCAACUGUCUGAGGAGUCGGAAUAGAUCACAUUCCUAUGCAAAAACGAUUUUAAUCUCCAGUCUCAUGCAGUUUAUUUUUGCUAUAUGUAAAGUAUUUUUAUACAGCUUGUAUGAUGACAGCUUAGCAAUAAACAGUUGAGAGCAACUUUAA